CCCUCCCUCCCUCCCUCCCUCUCUCUCUCUCUCUCUCCAUCUCCCCUUGUCUGUCAGUGUGAUCAAUGGCUUGACUUCCUCCUUUUGGUACGGCUGUAGGCUGUAUACAAGAACACAGGAAUCGCCUGGUGCUGCUCACAGUUUCACAGCAGCAGCAGCCAUCAGUGCUAAAGACAAUUAUAUCCAGAAAACACGCCGGAUUCCCUCUGCAGUCAAGAUGAGUGCAGGGGAUGUGGUCUGCACUGGCUGGCUCAUCAAAUCUCCCCCUGAGAAGAAACUAAAGAGAUACGCAUGGAGGAGGCGUUGGUUUGUUCUUCAAAGAGGACGUAUGAGUGGGAACCCAGAUGUGUUGGAGUACUACCGAAACAAGACCUCAAAGAAGCCCAUCCGCACCAUCGACCUGAGAGAGUGUGAGGUUCAGAUGCAGACGGAGCAACGCCUGGUCAAGAGGGAGUUCCAGAACCAGCACCUCUUUGUUGUCAAGACGUCGUCUCGCAUGUUCUACCUGGUGGCCAAGACUGAGGAGGAGAUGAACAGUUGGGUCAGUCAGAUCAGGGAGAUCUGUCACUUUGGACCUCUGAGUAUGGAUGAUGGGACAGAAUCAGAGGAAGGUUUUUCGCACAACCCAACCUCACAGCAGCCUUCACCUGCUCUCUCCCGAAACAUGUCAUUCAUUUCCAACCAUGACUUCAUGGCCUAUGGCAACAGCAGAGUUGAGAUGCCCAGCCUGAUGAAUCCCAACCAUCCAAUGGACUACCUCUUCCUCUCACAGUGUGAGACAGGGAGGUUCAGCAUCUUUAGAUGUGACAGCUUUUCAAACUCUGAGCGAUCUCUGGAACAGAAUUCAUCAGACGCUACUACAGAAGAUGUCUUCUCUUCACCUGAUCCUUCUCGGUCUCCCUUUCCCCACACUGGACCAUCUCCGUCCCCCUUUCCCCACACUGGACCAUCUCCGUCCCCCUUUCCCCACACUGGACCAUCUCCAUCCCCCUUUCCCCACACUGGACCAUCUCCGUCCCCCUUUCCCCACACUGGACCAUCUCCGUCUCCCUUUCCCCACACUGGACCAUCUUCGUCCCCCUUCCCCCACAUAAGGAUGCAUGACCCCCCUUUCAGCGCCCCAUGUGGCCCCACGUCAUCCUCUUCCUCUCCUCGAACUCUCAACCGUACACCCGACAUCUUCCAGUUUGAUAAGCCAUAUUCUUCUGCCAUAUUGGAGGUAACUACUGAUGGACUAACUCCCCCUCCUCUGCCCCCCAAGUCUAUCCACCUCUCAGAGCACCUUAGUGAUGAGGGCUCCCAUGGGCCUCUGGAUGGGGUUGGGCAACAGCUCACAGGCCAACCUGCACUCAUCCCCCAGAGGAUCUCUCUCUCAGGCCUGACAGACCACUUCAGAAGAGAAGACAUUGAGGGGAGUGCACUGAGGAGCAGGAACAAAAGGCUCAGUCUUAAUUUGCCACGUUUCAUUGCCACUCAAAGUCCAAACUGCCAUGAGGACUCGUACGUGCCCAUGGCCUCUCCAACUGUCUGUGUUGGUGAAGAUGUAUCGGACGGCUACAUCCCUAUGAGCCCCACUACAAUCAGCUUCCUCAAGGCUAAUGGCAAAACAGAGGCCCCUCUUGCUCCCACUCCCUUUCCCACUGCAGGUCUACCUGGGGAUUUAGAACCACCUCCAAUCAACAGGGAUCUCAAACCACGCAGGAGAGCCCGGCCUCCACCACUGGACCUGAGGGGCCUGUCCACUAUCAGAGAAUGUCCGACCCAUAUGCCUCUGAUCAGAACCAUGACAGAGCCAGGAAAUUCACUGCAAGUCCUACUGGAGAGAAGACAAGGACAACUGGGAAUUAAAGGAGACCAAGAAGCCAGCAGCAUUCCAACAGAGUCAAGGCCGCUGUUCUUCUCUACAAAUGAGGGAGCCACCCAGCCGUGGCUUAGGAGAUCAAACCUUGACUACCUUUCACUGGAUUUCAAUUCCGCAUCCCCGUCUCCUGUGCAAAAGAAGCCCCUCCUUGCUGAUGAACACAGGGUGGACUAUGUGCAGGUGGAUGAGAAGAAGACUCAGGCGCUGCAGAACACUAAGAUGGAGUGGAAGGAUGUCCGGCAGUCUAAAGUGUAAAUCAGGUGGGGAAAAAACACAACUUUCCAUUUCACAAAACAAGUGGAGCAAAUGCAACAUCACAUACAAAAUCUGUCAUAAGAGAUGGUAAUUUACCUCAAAGAGAGUAGUUCUUCUUUCAUGUACAAAAUAAAAGCACUUUGAAAUGCAUCAGAUAUAAACAUCUAAGAGAGAAGUAGACAGUGUUGUCAAAGACAGUUUAAAUAACUGGUUUGUGGUUUGGGGGCAUCAAAAUUCACUGUACAAAUAUGACAUCAAAGUUACACUGCGAAUGUCACUUUACCAUGCACUGUGUCACAGUGCUGUUUUUGUAUUAAAUGUUACGCAAUAAAAAGGACACUGCUCAUUUCUUAUUCUUUUGCUGAAACAGAUUGUAUGGAUUGUCAAUACACAGGAAUUGAAGUAUUCUGUUUUUAGAUGAACAAUGGUCUGAGUAUAAGAGUAUGUUAAACCAAAUGAGCAGGUGUCUAAGUACAGGUGUGUAUGUAGAAGUGCAAAUGUAGAGCUGGAAUCCUAAAGACAAAGACAUGCAUUGACGCUUCUGCCCUGCACAUUGCAUUUGUUGUUGUUUUUUAAAGUUCUGAUGCCUUGGAUUGGCAGCCAGCAGGAAAAGCACAAUGCGAUCUGUAGUAAUGCACAUAGGGAUUGAAUGGAGUGGUAUCAUUCAAAUGAGUCAUAUGAACAGGACGAACAUCUCAGACCUGAUAUUGUGUAACAGUACUGUGUUAUUACUGUGUAAGAGGGUAACAAUGACUCAAACCCCAAUACUUAACACCAUCUCGAUAGGUCAAUCUAUAGAAGAAAGCGCAAAUCACUGUGUGCCUAUCCUAAAGUCGGUGAGGGUGGAGAACUACCUUACAAUAAACAGUCUCUUCACAAAUGUCGGAAAAGCCAUACAGUCUUAACUAGAUGUUUCUAAAGAUGGAGUUGAACCCAUUAUUUUAGCACAAGCGGUACCAUCUUCAGGUUGUGAGCUUUAUUGUUUUAAUGUAUGCUUUAACAUGUCCAUGUAAUGUAUGCAAAGAUGCACAUCCAAUGUUUUCAUGCUUUAAUAAAUCCCUUUUACCUGACAUAACAGUA